CACAGGGGGCGAUCACGCUGCAUGGCGCUGCAGAGGCCAAUGAGCUUGAAGACUUUUCCUCUAGCCGGGCUGUGAUUGGCCGGAAGCUGCCUACAGCUGCGAAACUUUUGAGGCAAAGUUUUUAGCUUGAAAAGGAUGCGAGUGUGUAUUGUGAGGUCAGAGGAGAAUCGCGAGGGACCGGUUCGCAGUCAACAUCAUUAGCCCAAUCAGCAAUUGGCUUGCACAGCUAACCAGCUCGACUACCUACCCCGUGGACAACCGAGUGAUAGACCAGCAGCCGAACAGGCGAGCACCUUAUUUCAACUUGACCAGCGCUUUCUGAAACCACAAAACAGAAAAAGUUCUUAGUUUAACAAGUCGAGUUUGUGAAUUACUGUAACAUGGGGAUCACCUUGCACGUCUGUAUGACUGCGUUCAUUCUGCUGCUGACGUGCGAGGCCAGGGGACCCCCGCGGGUGACUCGCUGGGUGGAGGAGAGGCAGGCGGUCAGGCUGGGCAGGACGAUCCGGCUGUCCUGCCCGGUGGAGGGAGACCCCCCUCCCCUGACAAUGUGGUUGAAGGACGGCCGCACGGUGCACAGCGGCUGGAGCCGCCACCGCAUCCUGCAGCAAGGACUCAAGAUCAAGGAGGCGGAGCCGGGCGACGCCGGGGUCUACAUGUGCAGAGCUACCAACGGCUUCGGCAGCAUCACACUCAACUACACCCUGACCGUCGUCUAUGACUCUGCAGUAAGGGGCAGCAGUGAGCCAGUCCCUGAGGACCCGAACCCUGAGCCGGCCAGCAAGGACCCCACCGGCAUGCCCUUUGUGAAGCCGCGGUUCACUCAGCCCACCAAGAUGAGGCAGCGGGUCCUGGCCCGGCCGCUAGGCAGCUCGGUGCGACUCAAGUGCCUGGCUAGCGGCAGCCCACGGCCCGACAUCGCCUGGGCCAAGGACGAUCGACGCCUCCCCACCCCGCGGGACAGCCAGCGGCCGCAGUGGACACUGACCCUCAAGAACCUGAGGCCAGAGGACAGCGGCUGCUACACCUGCCACGUGUCCAACCGCGCCGGCCAGAUCAACGCGACGUACAAAGUGGACGUCGUCGAGCGGACCAAGUCCAAGCCGAUCCUGACCGGCAGUCACCCUGUUAACACCACAGUGGAGUUCGGAGGCACCACCUCGUUCCAGUGCAAGGUGCGCAGCGACGUCAAGCCUGUGAUACAGUGGCUAAAGAGGGUGGACCCAGGGACCGAGGGGCGCUACAACUCAACGCUGGAGGUGGGGGGCCAGCGCUUCGUGGUGCUGCCCACGGGGGAUGUGUGGUCCCGCCCCGACGGCUCCUACCUCAACAAGCUGAUGAUUGUUCGGGCAAAAGAGGAGGAUGCCGGCAUGUACAUCUGCCUGGGAGCCAACACCAUGGGCUACAGCUUCAGGAGCGCCUUCCUCACUGUGCUACCAGACCCCCGCCGCGUGGAGAAACCGGUGACGCCGACCCACCUGAGCCCCGGCCUGCCCUGGCCCGUCAUCAUCGGAGUCCCAGCCACAGCACUCCUUAUUGUGGGCGCCAUCGUCCUAUGGCUGUGCCACACCCGCCGCCGGCACAGCACUCUCCCCCCCCGGCCCCACCGGGACCCCCCUGCAGCCACGCCCGACUACCCCACACAGAGACUGCUCAGCACCACCCCCCCCACCCCGGGACUCCCAAGCAAGACCUACUCCAAGGUUUACACAGACGUGCACACUCACACACACUGCCACACAGACGGAAAGGUGCACCAGCACCAGCAUUUCCACUACCAGUGUUAACCUGGGCUGCCCUGCACAGACCCUCCCCGCUCCCCAGGGCAGCUCCACAGCUUCACAGUCAGGGGGCGGUGUCUCGGAUCUCCGCAGAGCUCAGGGUCACAUUUUUUGUUCAUUUCUACUGGUGUGAGAAGAACUCUAAAGACUAAAAAAGCAUCAGAUUGAUUCAAGACUGGAACGGGUUUACCUCUAAUCGAAAAACAAACAAACAAACAAAGACAGACAGACAGACAGGCGUUUAUUUUGUUUAGAAGCCUGUAAAUAUUUUU